UCUCUCUCUCUCGUGUGUGUGUGUGGGGAUUUCUGGAUGGAGUUAAGAUGGAGGACCAGGUCGUUAUAAAGAUGUGAAUGAUCGCUUCUUUUAUUUUCUGCGGGAUUUUAAAAGAACAUUCCACCCCCCACCCCUUCCCUCCUCCUGCCCGGACUUAUGGAGGCUCUUACAGCAUUACAACAUGCAUAGGAAAGGCAAUGGAGAGCUCCCUUUGCCGGAUGGUUGGGAAGAGGCGAGAGAUUACGACGGUAAAGUCUUUUAUAUUGAUCACAACACCAAGCAGACCAGCUGGAUCGACCCCCGCGACAGAUUUACCAAGCCCCUGACAUUUGCGGAUUGUGUGGGAGAUGAGCUCCCUUUAGGUUGGGAGGAUGCGUAUGAUCCUCAGAUUGGCAUCUUCUACAUUGACCACAUCAACAAAACAACGCAGUUAGAGGACCCACGGGCACAAUGGAGGAAAGAGCAGGAGCGAAUGCUGAAGGAUUACCUAAUGGUGGCACAAGAUGCACUCAGCACUCAGAAGGAACUCUACCAAGUUAAAGAGCAAAGGCUAGCACUAGCCAUUGACGAGUACAUGCAUCUCAAUGACGUCUGGAAAGACAAGUCUAGUUCCCGGACCAGUCUGUUCUCAGGAUCUUCAUCAAGUACAAAGUAUGACCCUGAUAUCCUCAAGGCAGAAAUAUCAACGACAAAGAUCCGGGUAAAUAAGCUGAAAAGAGAACUUUCACAGAUGAAACAAGAACUGUUGUACAAAGAGCAAGGGUUUGAAACACUACAGGAAAUUGAUCGGAAGAUGUCUGGAGGACAGAGCAGUUAUGAGCUGAAAGAAGCCAAAGCCAUCUUAAGUGAGCUGAAAACCAUCAAGAAGGCCAUCAGUACUGGUGAGAAAGAGAAACAGGAUCUGAUGCAGAGUCUUGCCAAACUGAAGGAUCGAUUUCUUUCCAGCCAGAGUGUGAGAACCUUCGAGUCAGACUUGCUCUCCAAUGCAGCGAAUACCCACCUCUCUACCUCCAGGCAGUGCCUAGAUGCUGGUUCACAAACAGACAUCACUGGUGAUAUUGGUCCAAGGAGCCGAGCCAAUCUGGCUGAGAAGGUCAGGCUAAGUCUUCAGUAUGAAGAAGCAAAGAGAAGAAUAGCAAACAUAAAGAUUGAAUUGUCAAAGCUGGACUCUGAUGUCUGGCCAGGGAUGCUUGAUGUUGAGCGAGACAAGCUGAUGCUGAUUAACGAGAAGGAAGAACUGCUGAAGGAACUGCAGUUUGUGACCCUGCGGAAAUGCUCCCGGGAUGACUUAAUGCGGCUGGAAGCAGAGAGGAAGCGGUUGGAAGAGGAGCUGCAUUCUGCACCAAACACACCCAGUGAAGCGCUGGCUGAGAGACUAAAAUUACAUGAGAAGAGGAAAAGGCUUGUGCAGCAUCUUGAAGAUACGACACAACUAAUCAUGUAUCUACAUUCACAACUUAAAAGUCUUUCAGCGAGCACACUGUCAGUCUCGUCUGGGAGUAGUCUAGGGUCGUUGACAUCAAGCCGAGGGUCCCUCAACACUUCCAGCAGAGGAUCCUUGAACUCGCUCAGUUCCACCGAGCUUUAUUACAAUCAGUCGGAUCAAACACCUGACCUGGACUACCAGUACAAACUCGACUUUAUGCUACAGGAAAAAACCGGCUACAGUCCUUCAGGGCCCAUCACCACCAUCCACGAAAAUGAGGUGACCAAAUCCCCCAAAGAGCCAGCGUUUGGGGACUCCGCUGAAUCCUCUGCUUCGGGACUUGCUGUGAAAUCCUCAGUUGAGCCUCCCAAAUCGGUAACCUCAUUGUCGUCCAGGUCUUCGCUGUCUUCUUUGUCUCCUCCCAGCUCACCGCUGGUCUCGGAUGCAGCAUUUCUGUCUUCAGCACAGGUGUCGCCUUUGCAUCACCUCACGGUGGACUUCGAAGACUGUGAAUUGCACCGUGGUUUUUCGAGUCUUGGUCUCUACAGCAACAGUGACAGCCAAAUGCUGCUCCCGCCUGAGCAGACCAGUAGGACUCAGCCACCCUACCUGAGCAUUGUGUCUGGCAUUCGAAGCAGAACUGGACAAUACCUGAAUGAGGUUACAGGCCUCAGUGAGGAAUUGGCUGUCCCUCUUUCUACACUAAAUGAAGGCAUUGCAGGUGUUGAUUUGCAGCAAGGAGCAGUGGGACAUGGAGUCGAAGAGAAAACAGCAUGUGUCUCUGCUGCCGUUUCUGAUGAAUCUGUGGCCGGGGACAGUGGAGUGUAUGAGGCUUCUGUCAAACGGCCAAAUGAAACUGAAGAUGCUGUUUAUGAUGAAGAUGAACCUUCCACAUUAGAGGCAGCUCAAAUCCAGAUAGGACUGAAGUAUGAUCCCACCAGUGCAAGUUUUAUCAUAAUCGCCGUGCAGCUGAGGAAUCUGACAGCUCUUCUGGUGCCAUCUGGAUGUAAAGUGUACAUCAGAGCUGCAUUGCUUCCAAGCUCGUGUGAUUCCAGCAGCCUAUUCCGCACAAAGGUUCAUAGUGUUGCAGAGAUUCUUACCCUCAAUGAGGUUUUCCGGGUAGCUAUUACCCAGUCUGCUUUACAUCAGAAGACACUGCGAGUUGAUGUUUGCUCUGUGGGGAAGACACUGUUGGAAGAUUGUCUGGCUGGAACCCAGAUUAGUCUGGCAGACUUCUGCACCCGUGGGGACACCUUGACAAGCUGGUACAACAUGCUACAUUACAGGAACAUGAAUAUUCAUCAUCCAAAGAACAAAGCACAAACGGAGGAAGCUUCACUGAGACCUGAGCCUUGCAGCACUACAGACAAGAUCCAGCAGGAUGCUGUGUCUGCAUUGCUGGAGAGGACGUCUGUUGAACUGCAGGCGGUUGAACAGGAGCUGGCUAUAGAUGAAGAAGAGGAUGCUGAAGCGGGCGAAGACUGGCGGGAGAUGCUGAUGGAGGAUGCUGCUGAGGCACAGGAAGAAGGAAGUGGCAUUGGCAAAGACUCAGAAGUGGAAGAGAUUGCAGCGGGAUUGAUUUUGUUGAAAGAAAUGCCCCCAAAUAUGACUGAUGAUAAAAGAGGUGGGAUGACGCAGUCAGACACAGUGCUGCCAAUGCUGGUUGACAAAGAAAUGAACACAGAGGAGGCUGUGGUGGAGUGCAUGGCUGUCAGGCCUAAGGACAAGUCCAAUCUGAAUAAUAGGCAAAAGCAUUUUGUAAGGAACAGCAUGAUUGUAAGAUCCCAAACCUUUUCUCCAGGUGAAAGAAAUCAGUACAUUUGCAGGUUGAAUCGAAGUGACAGUGACAGCUCAACAUUAGCCAAAAGAUCGCCUUUUGUGCGCAAUGCCAUGGAACGACGAAGCUUGAGAGUUAAAAGGACCCUCUGCCAACCGGUUGUGAAAAAAGCAGCAGAGCAUCCUAUUCGAACCUCCCUGGACCUGGAGUUGGAUCUUCAAGCAUCACUGACCUGGCAUAGCCGUCUAAACGAUGAGCUACAAGUGCUCAGGGAGCUAAAGAAUAGGUUGGAGGAGGUGAAAGCUAAAGGGGAGACAGAACUGCCCGCGUGGGUGCUGGAGGAUGAAAGGUUCCAGAGGCUUUUAAAACAAGCAGAAAAACAGGCUGAACAAACAAAAGAAGGACAAAAGCAGGAGUGGAAGGCUGAGAAACUGAUGAGGAAGGCCACAAAGGAGGUGUGCAGAUUACGAGAGCAGAGCCAAAAGGUGCCGCUACAGGUCCAGUCAUUCAGUUAUUUUAUUUGUCAACUUCAGGGAGAAGAUUGCAUUUUUCACCAGGGCGAAGAUCAACAUCCCAUCAUUACCUGCUGAUGAUGUAUAAUUAGUUUACCUUUCAGCACUUUAGCAGAUUUUAAUAGUUAGCUGGCUAAAAUCUUUUCAAGCAUUCUGGCGAAAUAG